CUCGAGGUCUCGGACAUGGUGGAACCACUUAGGGAAUACAAAGAUGGCUAUCUCAUCUCCUUAAACUUAGGGACACCACCACAAGUCAUUCAAGUGUACAUGGACACUGGAAGCGACCUCACCUGGGUCCCUUGUGGGAACAUCUCCUUUGAAUGCAUGGAGUGUGACGAUUAUAGGAACUACAAACUAGUGGCCACCUUCUCUCCCUCCCGCUCCCCUUCAUCUCUUAGAGAUAUCUGCACCAGCCCCUUCUGCACCAGCGUCCACAGCUCCGACAAUCCUUACGACCCAUGCGCCAUGGCCGGGUGCUCCAUCGGCAGCCUUGUGAGGGGCACCUGCCCCAGGCCCUGCCCUUCCUUCUCGUACAAUUACGGGGCAGGGGGGUUGACCAUUGGGAGCCUCACAAGGGACACUCUCAGAGUACAUGGGGGUGAUCCGGUUGUGCUAAGGGAGAUACCAAGCUUCUGCUUUGGGUGUGUGGGUUCCACAUACAGGGAGCCCAUUGGGAUUGCAGGCUUCGGAAAGGGUGUACUCUCUCUCCCCUCGCAGCUUGGUUUCCUCCAGAAGGGCUUCUCUCAUUGCUUUUUGGGGUACAAGUUUGCCAACAAUCCAAACAUCACUAGUCCUUUGGUUGUAGGGGACCUUGCCAUCUCCUCCAAAGAGCACCAUCAGUUCACCCCUAUGUUAAAGACUCCCAUAUAUCCAAAUUACUACUAUGUUGGCCUAGAGGGUAUUACUGUUGGCAAUGGGACCAUUAUUGAAGCUCCCUUGAGCUUGAAAUCCUUUGAUUUGGAGGGUAAUGGGGGAAUGUUGAUCGACUCGGGGACGACUUACACCCACCUCCCAGAGCCAUUUUAUUCGCACUUAUUGUUAGAGUUAGGGUCAGGGAUAACAUACAUGAGAUCGAACGAGCUUGAGGAGAGAACUGGGUUCGAUCUAUGCUACAAGAUUCCUUGCUCGAAUAGCUCUUGCUCAGAUGAUCUACCUACCAUUACGUUACAUUUUCUGAAUAGUGUGAAGCUCACCUUGCCUGAGGAGGACUGCUUCUAUGCUGUGGGUGCUCCAAAGGACUCUCUAGUAGUGAAGUGCUUACUGUUUCAGGCCAUGGAUGAUGAUUAUGGACCAGCUGGUGUUCUUGGGAGCUUCCAGCAGCAAAAUAUGGAGGUUGUCUAUGAUUUAGAGAAGGAGAGGAUUGGGUUUCUUCCAAUGGACUGUGCAAACUAUGGGCUCCAUUAG